AUGACGAACCGCAACCUUUCAUUCCGAUCGCGCAAAGAGCCGCCUGCCAACCGGCAGCGGUUCAACAUCUCGACCCUCCGUGGGAUGCAAGCGCCGGAGCUUAGUCGCAAGAUGACCAAGCUGAUCAAAAGCGAGAACACCGCUAUCGGUGCCCACGAAGCUGCCGGCCGUGAGCGCGUCUCGAUCGCCGCCCAGCUCUCUGAAUGGGGAGAGUCGACUGAAGACGACAAUGUCUCCGACAUCUCCGACAAGCUCGGUGUCCUGCUUGCCGAGAUAGGCGAGCAGGAAGACAGCUUUGCGCAGAACCUCGAGGACUACCGUAGUAUCCUGAAGCAGAUUCGCAACAUGGAGGCCUCGGUUCAGCCAUCGCGCGAGCAGCGUCAGAAGGUCACCGACGAGAUUGCCAAGCUCAAGUACAAGGAUCCCAGCAGCCCACGUCUGGUUACGCUGGAGCAUGAGCUUGUCCGGGCUGAGGCUCAGAACUUGGUUGCUGAGGCGCAGCUGUCUAAUAUCACCCGGCAAAAGAUCAAGGAGGCCUAUGAUAUCCAUCUGGCGGCCGUUAUUGAGCGCGCCGAGAAGCAGACUAUUCUGGCUCGUCACGCUCGUCGUCUGCUCCACUACAUUGAUGACACUCCUGUUGUCCCUGGUGAUGCACGCCAGGCGUAUGACCAUGAGCUCUCGGCACGCCAGGUUCUCGAGGAUGCUGAGAAUGAUCUCCGUGAUUGGGAACCCAGCGUCGAGCCUAUCGGCUCCUCCACCGAGCGGGAGUCUCGGGCUCAGGCUAAUGGCGUCAAUGGACUCGAGGAUGUGUCAGAACAGCAGUCGGAUGUUCUCGAGAAUGUCUCUGUGACUGAGGGUUUCACCGAACCAGUGGGAAGCGGUGCGCUGCCCGCGAAGAUGGUGGUCGAGCCUACCUCUGCUUGA